AUGGAACAGCAACUGGCGGGCUUAUCAUUGACGAAUAGUCGGGAGCCUCGGCCACAAGCAAAGAGUUGGACUGCUCAGCCGGGAAUGCACGAAGCUCUUUCUGGUCAACUGGCAAGCCAUCUCUUCCAACAAGACUUUGCUUUGGAGCCCGAACCAUGGAGCAUCAGCCCGUCCCUGGCGCUGCGCAUGGUCUACCUUGCAGACACGGCAUGGCGGUACCAGCCGGGUCGUUGGCAGCGGGACACGGAUAUGAAGCUCCCAUUGGAUCAAGCACAAUCUACAGAUGACCAGCCGCAUGCGAGAUGGAUCGGCGCCGGAGCUCACCGCGGGGUGGCGGAUACUGGACCAAAAACGACAAGGAGUCGCGUGCCCGUGCACAUCUCGGGAGGAAGAGCGAUCAUUGAUGCGUGA